AUGAUCAUUGUUCAGGCAGUUGCAAUGAAUGAUCUUUGGAUAUGGCAUUCAUUCUUUGGUUUUCUUGGCUCUCACAAUGACUUGAAUGUGCUAUCGAGAUCGCCACUGUUUUCUACGCUUAUUACAGGAGAUGCUCCUGCUUGCAACUACUCGGUCAACGGCCACAACUACUCAAUGGGUUACUACCUUGCGGAUGGCAUCUAUCCAACAUGGGCCGCCUUGGUCAAAACAAUUCCGCGCCCAAAAGGUAACAAAAGCAUUCACUUUGCCCAAUGUCAAGAAGCUGCUAGGAAAGAUGUGGAAAGAGCCUUCGCUGUGCUUCAGAAGCGCUUUGCAAUUGUUCGUGGCCCUGCCAAGUACUGGAGCUCCAAGGUUCUAUGGCAGAUCAUGACUUGUUGCAUCAUAUUGCAUAACAUGAUCAUUGAAGAUGAGAGGGAUAUGCCUGAGAACUUUCAGUACGUCACCAACGGGACUCAGGUUGAGCCAGAGUAUGAUAUGAACAGGAUCCUGGCAUUCCUUGAGGAGCAUCGCAAGUUCGAGAACCAACAAGUUCAUGCUCAACUCCAACAAGAUCUUAUUGAGCAUCACUGGCAACGUCUUAGCGAGUCCUAG